AUGUCUUCUAGAGUUGCGCCGGUUGCGUCGCGUCGGUCAUCUGGCGCGACUCUUCCAAAUCCUCCACGCAAAGAGCUCUUGAACUCCAGUCACAACAACGCCGACAUUAGCUCGAGCCAGAAAUCUAACAGCGCCGUUGAAACUCUAGAAGACUUACUUAAGCCUUCAAUUGUUGUCAAGCCGUAUCCUCCAAAGCUGUCUAUCCAACCACGAAGUCUUCAACCAUUAAUGCUCCUCCCUCGAGAACACCUCCAACUAUCAUACCUUGACCUGUCUGUACCUCAUGGAACCUUCGAAUACUCUCGCUCUUUCGAAUCAAGUAUCAAGAUUCUUGAUCUUGAAGGCCGUUUCGGACCUCGCCCUGUUGUUCUCAUCGCUCGAUUAGAAUCCGACAAGUCUAUCUACGCGCUCGAGAGGCAGAACGGCGGGUUAUAUAGUCUCUGCCAUGUUGGCUCUUGGGUGGAUCUCCAAGACCUCGAGAAGGUUGCUACGGUCUCUUUACCCCAAAUAGUCAAAAAGCCGACUAGUACAUCGAAAGACUCCCAACCUCCCGCAUUACCUCCAUUAACAACUCCUCGCUUGCACCAUGAGACGAAGAAGAGGAGGCUUGCGAUCGAAGCUUUGGAGUCGAUAGUUAAGAAACCCGUGAGACCUCGUUCGGCGUCAAGUACAUCCCAGCUUCUACCCCUGGGGCCACCUACCCCUGGGGAGACCGGUACCGAAACUCAGGUUGAAAGUGCGCGUAUUCUUAGGGAUGAAUUACCUACUGGUAUACUUGAGACUCAAGGGGAAAAUCAAGCGGCGAAGAUCUCCGAAGUAGAUGAUACGCUUACUGCGCCAACUGCAGGAGCUAUAUUCGAGAAUAUCCGAAACCAAUACUUUGAGUCCCUAUACCUCUCAAUGGGUUCCCUGGGAUACUUCGCGAAAGGUUCUCUAUCUCGAGCACGUGCUGCUUUUCACCUCGACUGUGAUGCGAACCUCGAGAUGAAUGACCUGAUAGGUUUCUUAAGAAGCCUUGUCAUGACGACAACGCAGCUCGACAAGAAGUACCGUGAGACGAUUCCCGACAUAAUAGCCAAGAUGAAGUCUCUAUUUCACGAUUCAGACAGCGAACAUGCCAAUGCCAAGACUAAGAAACGGAAAGCUAAAAAAAUGAAGCUUGGCAAAGAUGGCCUAUAUCCGAUGGAGGAUGACCGUAUUAGAAAGUGGUGGGGUAUCCGUAAACCGCAAUCUAAAAGGGACGAAGACAUGACGACAACUGAUACUGAGUCUCACGAGACCAAGCUUCAAGUAGCCUGGCUACGGUCGAGGGAAACCCAGCUACAAAUGAUCAUCAUCCUCGAGAUUCUCGCGUUAGAGCCAUUGGUUGCAUCUCGAGACGAAGAUUCUCAGCUCCCAGGCCUACCCGGUCCCGAACCGGCUGCGGAGGCGCCCAAGGAAGCCCCUCCCAAGAAAGGCAAAGGCCGCAGUAAUCUCCCAGUACUUGUCGAUCUCCAUGCGGAUCGGUUGUGCAUCUGGCAGUCUACUUCUCUGGACGGGGUUAAGUUCCUCGCCGGCCAGGAUAGUCAGGAGCAGAAUACCCAGAAAGCCAUUGACCCUUUGAAGGACUUUUGUGUCGAUAUUAUCGUCCCAUUCUUCUCCGCUAGGUUACCAGAACAGUCUGAUUCCAUUAGCCGUAAGUUGGGCGGGCCGCUUAUGAUGCCGCCCCCGCCCAAACCUAAGGUGAAGCCGGAGCCUGCGCCGAAAUCAAAGCCAAAACCUGGCUCGGCAGCAAAGCGGCCAGUGAUGUCUAAGUCAAAGGCUUCUAAGUCACUCGAAAAUGUUCUUUCUAGGGAAUCUGAGAAGCAUCGGCGAAGCAUGUCGCGUGGCCCGAGCGGAGUGAUCGCCUUGAUGAGAUCUGCCACCACUCCCAUGCUAAAGCGGGAGGCUAGUGAGCCGCUGUCUUUGAAGAGCAUACCAAAGGCAGAUUCAACUACGCCAAGAGAAAAAGCCCCGCGCCCGUUGACAGCAGCGCCGCCCAAGAGAUCAGAUGAGAGGGCGAAGAAGGAAGCUCUGGUUCAGGCAGAAUUGCAAGAUGCCAUAUCUACACUAAGACGCCCUAAUAGAGAAGUCGUGGGCAAGGAUAUGGCGGAAGCAGCAGAAAGACGAGCUAACACCAGUCUUUCCCAGCUGAAGAAAGCACGAAAGCCCACGCAGCAUACACGCCCCCAAGACAGUAUAGUUAAAGCCACACCCGUGGGGAAGCGGUAUAGAGAUGUUUUUGGCACGAAUGCCAAUCACCGACAAACUCCUCGGGGACUGGGACCCAAUGAACCAAGCAGCACUCCAUUUUCCUUAAUUCCUUCUUCGGGUAUAAAAAAACGUACCCACGAGUCAGCAUUCGCUCUGGAGAGUUCGCCGAGCAUUACACCAUUUGCACAUAUCGCAGCAACUCCAGCGAAACAAUUGACUUUAAAGCAGAGCUUCUUGUCUGUACCGAAGCCCAAUGACGAAGACAUUCUUGCCUCUUCGCCUCUUGUGUCUCGGAAGUCAUCAUCGCUAUCAUUCCACGAUAGCGGGAUUGGGUUCGAUGAACUUACUGAAACGCCUAUUAAACCUCGCGCUGUCCCCAUCCCGUCAGACGGGAUUGUAGCUGGAACACCAACCAAGCGGAGGAUUCUCGAAUCAACUGCUGCUAAUAACAGUAGUAACACUAAAAACCCCACCGCCGAGCCGGCUAGGAAGCUUUCGAUCUACGAGAGGCUCGGGUGGGAUGAUGACCUAGACGAACUUGGCUAA